AAGUUUUAUGUACAGUAGAACACGAUUAAUAUGAUCACUGCUCCCGCUGUUAUUUUUUCUAAGCGAGUAUGUUAAAAAUUAUGUUAAAAAACUAUUUCUGGAAAGCUACCUCUAGAAAAUUCAGUGAGAUUAGUAGUGCUUAGCGCGUAGAACGAAAAACUCCUAUUUAGUCGUUUUUAUGGAAGCCUGCUUCCUUUGAUAGAAAAGAUCGUGGUGUUUUGGCUUGAGGAGCUUUUGUAGAAAAGUUAUGACUAUCAGAUCCUUGCUAAUGAAGAAACUGCCGUGACUUAAAAAAUAAUGCUAAAUUUGUUUUUUGUUUCAGAUGUCAGUCCCUACUCUUCUUACUACUCGUCCUUCACGUAUUAAUCAAAAAUUUUGCCUAUUACAUUUUGGCGAUACAAUGUACAAAAUUGUACCAUUUGAUGAAUGUGUAUUUUAUGAUGAUGAUGAUCAAAGCUUUAAAAAUGAAUGUAAAAAAGCUCUUAAAAGUAUAUUGAAUGUAACUAGCGAAUAUGUCUUUGACAAUUCAAUAAGUUCAAAAGAAAAUUUACCACCAUUAUCACAGCAAGCACAAGAAUCACAAAUUAAAAUCCGAAAACAAAGAAGAACAAAAAAAGGAGAUCCCACUAAUGCUGGUGAUAAAAAUUCAAAACAAAGUCAAGGUCUUCAAGUCAUUUUUGGUAAGUGA